CGGCCAAGAUUUUAUUGCGGACCUCUCAUACUUCUGACACUGUUCAAUUUACCUAAAUCUAGAUAGCUAUUGGCUACAAUUCGCCUAAGCCUAGAUAGCUAUCGCCUAGAUGAUUGACUUCAAAAAGAGUAAAACCUGAGACAUCGAGUACAAUACCAAGCUACUUUCACAAACCAAGCCCGUUAAACUAGUUUGAAUAUGCUUUGGAGGGACAACAGAAAUAAUACUUAUGCAGCUAGAAUAGAAGGUUUUCUUGUUUUGGCAAAAGCACCAAAUUGCCGCAUCUUAGUAGUUCCCUAAACAAAUACUACCAUGAUUGUUUACUUCUUCUAUUGUAUAAAAGCACAUACGAGUUCUUCUUCUACCUCUGUGUUUUGCAUUGUAAGCUCUAUCUCUCUCUCUACAAUGGAUAAAGAGUACUCAAGCCCAACUCUUUAUGAGAUCAAUGUUGAUCAAAACGGUAAGCAACUGAUUUUGCCAUCUGGGUACAGGUUUAGCCCUCUUGACUCAGAGCUUGUGGUUCACUACUUGAAGAAGAAGAUACUCAAUCAAGAGCUUCCUGCUAAUAUUAUUACCACCAUUGAUGUCUACUCUUAUGACUUCCCAGAUCAGCUUCCUCUUAGUGAAUUCAAGUAUGGGUUGACAAAUGAGUGGUAUUUCUUCACCACAAGAUCACCACAUAAUCUCCUCCUCGCAAGCAAUGGCGGUGGUUGGAUUGAAUUGUCUGACGAAACAGUACUUGACAAUGAUGAAGUUGUCGGAUACAAGCGAAGGUUGGCUUUCUAUUUUGCAAAGCCACUUCAAGAGAUGAAGACUGACUGGUUCAUAUAUGAAUAUAGAGUCAACCUUACUAGUUUUGCCCUGAUGAACUUCUUGACGACACCAUUAAAGAGAAGAUAUCAAGCUUUGUGGUGUGUAAAGUUUGUUACAAAGAGAAAGAUCCUAGCAUGACAUCAAGUGAUGGCAUCACUGAUUCGAGCCAAGGAAAAGACAAAGUAGAAAUACUGAAUCCUCAGUACACACAAAACAAUGAAUAUUCUAUUUUUCUUCAAA